AUGCACCACCACCAGUUGCAUGCCAAUGCUGUGUUGAUCGAUGACAUACGUCGUUCCUGGGGGCAUUAUAUAUUGCUACUCGGAUAUGCUGCCUGCCUUAUCCGUUUAUCAACACUUUACAGUUCAUUGUGUUGCUUGCAUCUAUUCAAGCAGCAGUCCCUUUUAUUUACCAUCGCCAUGGGUGAAAGCCUAAUCUCUACCGUGCUCCAUGCCGACAGGCAGGACAUUCUUCGAUAUGCCCCGUUUAUGGCGGCUGCCCUCUUGUCAAUUCUCGUCAUUAAUUACUUUCGAAACCCUCUGAGAAAGGUCCCUGGACCGUUUUGGGCCAAGUUCUCCAACCUAUGGCUCGUCUAUCAUACUCGUCAGGGACACAUGCACCGCAAGAUCAUUGAGGUGCACGAGAAGUAUGGACCGCUGGUCAGACUCGGACCGCACGAAAUUAGCACCGCGGACAUUGAUUCUCUCCGAACCAUAUACGGUGCCGGCAAUGAUUUCCGUAAAAGUGACUGGUACAUGCCAUGGCAGGGCACCCGCAAAUGGGACCUCUUCUCGGAACGCAACGAGAACAUUCAUCGAUCGCAACGACGAUUGGUCAGCCACAUCUAUUCGCUGUCCAACAUGAAGAAAUUGGAGCCCUAUGUCGACAGCGCCAUCCUAUUCUUGCUCAAGAAAAUGGCUUCCAUGGAGGGUCAAAAGAUUGAUGUGGGAAGAUGGACUAGGCUCUUUGCCUACGAUGUCAUCGGUGAAGUCACGUUUUCCAAGCGUUUUGGUUUCAUGGACGAGGGCAUAGACGAUGGUGCCUUUACCAUGAUCGACAACAUCUUGCAGUGCGCCAACUGGGUGGGACAUAUUCCCUGGUUCUACUACCUCAGCGUAUGGCUUGCGCCCGUGACCGGCAUGCACCUUGCGAUUACCCAGCGCCAGGGCAAGCUCCUGCAGAUUUCGCAGCAGAACAUCAAGGAGCGUAAGGAGCGAGGAACCGACCGCCAUGACAUGCUGGAGCAGCUCUUUGACGUCCAGCGCGCAAAGCCAGACAAGCUGGACGACGUCUGCGUAGCGUCCAUGGCUGCCAGCAACAUCUUUGCCGGGAGCGACUCGACAUCGGUGUCCAUUUCGGCCUUUCUCUACCACACCCUGCGGAACCCCGAGGUCAAGAAGAAGCUCAUUGACGAGAUCAAUGAGCAUGCAGCCAAGCACAGCAUUCCGCAUGGCACCGUCUUUGAUCUGGAGAUUAUCAACAACAUGCCGUAUUUGCAGGCGUGCAUGUAUGAGGCGCUUCGCUGCCACCCGGCUGUCGGAGUCAACCUCGGUCGCACCGUGCCCCCGUCCGGACUGCAGAUUGGAGAACAAUUCAUUCCUGGAGGAUCCGGCAUUAGCGCAAAUGCCUGGGUGAUUCAUCUCAACAAGGACAUCUUCGGCGAGGAUGCGGAUAAAUUCCGUCCAGAGAGGUGGAUGGAAGAUCCCGACCGUGUUGCCACCAUGAGGCGUAACUUUCUGAGUUUUGGUGCUGGAUCUCGAUACUGUAUUGGACGAAACGUGGGCUGGCUUGAAAUGUCCAAGCUUAUGCCGACAUUGUUCCACGACUACGAGGUGGAGUUUUGUGAUGCUAGCAAGGAUACUAGAGAAGUUGCAUGGGUCUUUAUCAAAAUUGAGGAUUUGUUUGUGUACAUGAAACCGCGGCGGGAUAAUGAUAAUCUGGUGUGCUAA